AUGUCAAAGUCAGCCAUAAAAGCCAUCUUUGGCUCCAUGACCUUCGGCGACGAAGGUCUCGAAGGAAUCCGUACCAGCACCGUCCAAGACGCCGAGGCCAUCCUCGACGUCUUCCAGGCCCAUGGACACGACAAGAUCGACGCAGCACGGAUAUACGGUCUCGGGUCGUGUGAGACACUGCUCGCCCGAGCCAAAUGGCAGGAAAGGGGUCUUAUCAUGCAUACGAAGCUCUACCCAACCUACGGCCGAGCCAUGGGCGCCGUCGACACAUUGUAUUACACACAUAAGCCUGCAGACCUCCGACGAGGGUUAAUGGACAGUUUGGAGGCGCUGGGAACAACCACAGUCGACCUCUGGUAUCUGCACGGUCCAGACCGGAAGACACCAUUCGAGGACACGCUGCGCGAGAUCAACAACCUCCAUCAAGAGGGAUAUUUCGCCCGCUGGGGAAUCAGCAACUACAUGUCCUGGGAAGUAGCCCAGAUGUGCGAAAUCUGCGAACGGAACGGCUGGAUCAAACCAGCUGUCUACCAGGGGAUCUAUAAUGCCAUCCACCGCGGAAUUGAGCCGGAGCUGCUACCGUGUUUGCGGAACUACGGCAUCGCGUUGUACGUAUUCCAGCCCCUGGCUGGCGGAUUCCUCACAUCCCGCUACCAUCGGGACACGAGCGAUGAUGUCUGCGAGAGCGGGUCACGCUUCGAUCCGAACCGGUGGCAGGGGUCGCUGAUGCGUGGGAGAUAUUGGAAUGAGGAUUACUUUGGGGCGCUGGACAUUAUCCGGCCCGUCGCGCAGAAACAUGGAUUGACCGAGGCUGAAUGCGCAUUCCGCUGGCUGUGUCAUCACAGUGGACUGUCGAGUGAGAAAGAAGACGCCAUCAUUGUUGGGGCAAGCAGUGCCGCGCAGUUGGAAAGCAACCUGGCGGACAUGGAGAAAGGGCCUCUACCGGAUGAUAUGGUGCAGGCUCUUGAUGCUGCCUGGUUAAGGGUCAAGGGUGUUGUUCCGAAAUAUUUCCACUAG